GGUCACGUUACCGAGCUGCGUGUCGAAAGUGAAAGUGUUUUGGAGCAGAGGCAUCGUAUGAACCGAGAAUGGAGCAGUAUGAUUUGUCCAACCCCUCACACAUCACUCACAUUGAGCUGAGUUAUAACAGACUGUCCGAUUCAGAUGUGUCUCGUCUGUGUGAUUUGCUGCGGGGUCCAGACUGUCAACUGGAGACGCUCAGAUUGGAGCGCUGUGGUUUGUCAGAGAUGAGCUGUUCCUCUCUGGCCUCAGCUCUGAAGUCCAACCCCUCACACCUCAAAGUCCUGGAUCUGAGUGAGAACCCACACCUGGCUGAUUCAGGAGUGUCUCAUCUGUGUGGUUUUCUGCAGAGUCCAGACUGUCGACUGAAAACUCUCGGAUUGAAGGGCUGUGGUUUGUCAGAGACGAGCUGUUCUUCUCUGGUCUCAGCUCUGAGGUCCAACCCCUCACACCUCACGCUUCUGGAGCUGAGUGUUAACACGGACCUGUCUGAUUCAGGAGUGUCUCAUCUGUGUGGUUUUCUGCAGAGUCCAGACUGUCGACUGGAGACGCUCAUACUGAUGAACUGUGGUUUGUCAGAGAAGAGCUGUUCCUCUCUGGUCUCAGCUCUGAAGUCCAACCCCUCACAUCUCACACACCUGGACCUUGGUUAUAACACAAAACUGUGUGAUUCAGGAGUGUCUCAUCUGUGUGGUUUUCUGCAGAGUCCAGACUGUCGACUGGAGACUCUCAGAUUGUGGGAGUGUGGUUUGUCAAAGAGGAGCUGUUCCUCGUUGGCCUCAGCUCUGAAGUCCAACCCCUCACAUCUCACACUCCUUGAUCUGAGUCAUAACAGUCUGAGUGAAUCAGAUAUGAAGGAGCUCCUGGAGCUUGAACAGAGUCCUCACUGUCGACUGGAGACACUGGAGUGGUUGUGACUCUGAAGAUGUGCCUGCGUCGUGUGGUUUAUUUUGCAAACUUUUGUGCUUUCGUUAUCAUAAUUAUUAGUUUGUUUGACCAUAAACAGAGAAAAAAAACAAAAAAAAAACAAAACAUAUUUUAUAUUUUAUUUUGUAUAACCAUAAAUGACAAUCUUUUGUGCCUUCGUUAUCAUUAUUAUUAUUAGUUUGUACGACCAUAAACGGAGAAAAGAAGGGAAAAAAAUCUGUACAUUUUUCAUUCUUAGUGUUGUUUAUUUUGUAUGAUCUUAAACAAUAAACUUUUGUGCUGUUGUUAUCAUUA